UUUGAAGAGGAGUGUGAAGUUUAGGGAAGAGCCCUCUUUCCUUCAGCUGCUGACGCGGAUGGGACUGUUUGUGCAACGACGCAGAGGACCACCGAAAUCCAACCAUGUUAUCUUGGAUUAUAAGUGUUUGGACCAUUUUUGCGGUAGCACAAUGUUACUUUUCAGAGGAAAAUUAUACUGAAGAGUCAAAGAUGCAGCCGCCCACAGUCAUUAUAGCAAUAAUAGCACGGAACGCCGCUCAUUCUUUACCCUACUACCUCGGAGCUCUCGAGAGAUUAAACUAUCCCAAAGAGCGCAUCUCCAUCUGGGCGGCGACAGACCACAACAUUGACAACACGACAGCAAUCCUGCGAGAAUGGCUCACAGUCAUGCAAACACAGUAUCACUAUGUGGAGUGGAGACCUUUAGAAAAACCCACAUCCUAUGUAGGUGAGCUGGGGCCCAAGCACUGGGCUAAUGGCCGCUAUGAGUAUGUUAUGAAGCUCAAACAGGCAGCGCUGAACUUUGCCAAGAAACGCUGGGCUGACUACAUUCUGUACUCAGACACAGACAACAUCCUGACUAACCCGAACACACUGCACCUCUUGAUGGCGGAGAAUAAGUCAGUCAUUGCCCCCAUGCUGGACUCACAGUCAGCGUACUCCAACUACUGGUGUGGCAUCACUCCACAGGGUUACUAUCGUCGUACUGCUGAGUACUUCCCCACAAAGCAGCGGCAAAGGCGGGGGUGCUAUCCUGUGCCGAUGGUCCACUCCACUAUUCUGCUGGACCUGCGCAAAGAGGGCACCAAGAAAGUGUCCUUUCACCCCCCUCACAAAGACUACUCCUGGCCCUUUGACGACAUCAUCGUUUUUGCCUUCUCCUGCAGGAUAUCGGAGGUUCAAAUGUAUCUGUGCAACAAGGAGCGUUAUGGGUAUCUGAACGUACCUGCAAAGCCUCAUCAGACCGUGGAGGAUGAUCGAAUCAAUUUUGUCCACCUUUACCUGGAAUCUCUGAUCCACGGGCCGCCAAUGUAUGUGUCUCGCAAUGUCCACGUUCCUCCCAAACAGUCUGAUCUCAUGGGCUUUGAUGAGAUCUACUUGAUAAACCUGCGCAGGCGUCCAGACCGCAGGGACAGGAUGUUAUGGUCGCUGUAUGAGCUAGAGAUUGAUGCUAAAGUUGUGGCUGCUGUUGAUGGAGCAGCUCUGAACAGCAGCGAUAUUAAGAUUCUAGGUGUCGAUCUCUUACCUGGUUACUAUGACCCUUUCUCCGGCCGCACGCUGACCAAGGGCGAGGUGGGCUGCUUCCUCAGCCACUACUACAUCUGGAAAGAGAUGGUAGACAUGCAGCUAGACAAGGCGCUGAUUUUUGAGGACGAUGUGCAUUUCCAAGCCAACUUUAAACGUCGCCUGAUGCAGCUGAUGGAGGAGGUGGAGCAGGUGGAGCUUGACUGGGACAUCAUAUACCUGGGCAGGAAGAAGGUGAACCUUGAAGAGGAAGUCGCAGUGGAAAAUGUCAGGAACCUGGUGUAUGCUGAUUAUUCCUACUGGACGCUCUCUUACGCCAUCUCUCUUCAGGGAGCUCAGAAGCUCCUUAAUGCUGAACCGAUAUCCAAGAUGCUUCCUGUGGAUGAGUUUCUACCCAUCAUGUAUGACAAGCACCCCAAUGAGGACUACAAAUCCCAUUUUCCCAAUCGGAAUCUGAUGGUGUAUUCCACACACCCCCUUCUGGUGCAGCCCUGCCAUUACGCCGGGGACCCAGAGUGGGUGAGUGACACAGAGACGUCUACGCUGUGGGAUGACGACAAUGUGCGCACGGACUGGAGGGGCUCGCAUAAAACUCUCAAGGGUUAUCAGCCACCGGCCGGCCUGCAGAGCGCCACCCACAAGGACGAGUUGUGAAGUACUGGCCCAAAGAUGGCAUAAAUGGUCAUUUUCUAAGAGUGGAGGGAUUAGAACGAGCGAGCAGCUUUUUAUAAGGGCAAAUGUCACUCAUCAUGGAGACCUCAGAACUGUGGAAGAGACGAGGGAGGCCUGGGACCAAUACUUAGGAAGAGACUUUCACUCUACAACAACAAAAGUCAUUUUUUAAUCAGUAUUUUUCUUGGGGGUUUUUGUCAGUAAAAAUAUCUAAAUAUCUAAUAUCUACAUUUACUUUUUAUUAAGACAUGUUUUCGGACAAUAUGUAUUUUCUUUGGCAUUUUUCUUGUUUUAAGCACAAGUCUAACAACGAGAAAAUGAGAAAAAUCAAAAAUAGAAAAAAAUAUUUUCAAUGGAAAACAAGAACUGUAAAGGCAACAGGGUGCAAUAAAUCUGAUGAAUUUUAUAGUUGACCACGAUUCAAGAGGAAAACAGUUUUAUUAUAUAUUUGAGGAGAAAGUUUUUGUCCAUCUUUUGGUUUGGCAAAUUUUGUAUCUCUAUUAGGGUAUUUUUCUCUAUUAACUAUAUAAAAAAGGACAUUUGAUAGCUUUUAUGGAAGUAGUGCAUUAUACAUUUUAUUACUGGAUUUUAUUUCAAGUUUGAACAACUGUCGUAAGGACUAUCAUGCUCAGGCAAUCGAACAAACAGAGCUUAGUGUGUAUUUGAAAUGGUGUGUGUGGUGAGUUUCUUUCUAUGUUGGAGCACUUUUGCUGUUCAUGUCGAAUUUCUCUGUUCCCAUCAUAAUCAUUUGUUCUUAUUUAUUUCUCUUCGCUGUCUUAUUCCCUUCUGUGUCUCUCCAAACUGAACAGCAGGACCAAAUGAAAUGUCCUGGUAAGAGUAUGCAUGGCAGUUUUGGUAAAUUUGGUUGUUUUUGAAAAAGAAUGAAAUAAAUACAAGUAAUGUUGGAUGUGAGUCACAUGUAUUUUAUGCUUAAACAAGCAUUUAAGGAACAGCACUUGAUCUUCAGACAUUUUUUUUGUCGUGGGCAUAUGGCUUUUCUAGAAAACGAACAAAAAAGUAA